UUUCUGCCGAAGUUCUGGGACUAUUGCUGGCCAACCUUUAUAUUUAUUUUUUUUUUUUUUCUUUUCUAUAGUCAACUCAAUUAUACGCUCCUUUGUGUCGAUCGUUCGGCUAUGAACCCUGGCGGUUCUAAUUGCCGGCACUGAUAUCUAUUCUUCCAGAUCACCUGGGCAGCCAUGAGCGCGGUAUUGCUCCGGAGUCGCCCGGAUGGCUCUGCGCUGAGGUCAAUUGGGUUGCUAUCACAUCGCAUUCAUGCUUCUAGGACCGCUAUAACUACCGGCCGUGCUGCCUCUCGGGCUUUGCAUGCUCCUCGCCGGAGACCCUUCCCCCGUUGUUUCGCGUCGACUCGGCCUGCCGACGUUCCGCUACUAUCGGUCCGUCACAAAUCAGCGGUAGCUGAGGCUCCUAACGGUCCACGACAAUCAUCAGCCAUCAGUAACAUAAUCUUCAAGGCAUUCGCAUACUGUGGAUUUUUCAUUGUGUCUAGUGGUGCUGCAGUGGUGGCGUUCUUCAUCUAUGAUGCGACUACAUACCGCGACGACUCCAGUGCGGAAGACAUCCCUGUGUCGGAGUUGGCACUGAACCCCCGUCAUGGAGGGCCCAAGAACCUGCCCAUCGCCGAGGUCUUGGUUAGUGACAGCGACUCAGAAGAAUUACAAAAGCAGAAUGAUAAACCAAGGCUGGUGAUUUUGGGCACAGGCUGGGGAAGUGUUGCUCUUCUUAAGCACCUUAAUCCUGACGACUACCAUGUCACCGUUGUGUCCCCAACCAACUACUUUCUCUUCACACCUAUGUUGCCUUCGGCAACUGUUGGAACUCUUGGUCUGAGGUCGCUCGUCGAACCUGUUCGUCGGAUCAUUCAGCAAGUCAAUGGUCACUUCCUGAAGGCCCGGGCGGAAGACGUUGAUUUCUCCGAGAAGUUGGUUGAGAUCUCCCAAGAGGAUGCAAAUGGACAUAAGAAGAGCUUCUAUCUCCCGUAUGACAAGCUUGUCAUUGGUGUUGGUUGUAUCACGAACCCACACGGUGUCAAGGGCCUGGAGCACUGCAACUUCCUGAAAACUAUUGACGAUGCUCGACAAAUCAAGAAUAAGGUGCUGGAGAACAUGGAAUUGGCCUGUCUUCCGACUACUAGCGACGAAGAACGAAGGCGCUUGCUGUCCUUUGUUGUUUGCGGAGGAGGCCCAACUGGUGUCGAGUUUGCCGCUGAAUUGUUCGACUUGCUCAACGAGGACUUGCUUCACUCAUUCCCCAAGAUUUUGAGGAACGAGAUCUCUAUUCACAUCAUUCAAAGUCGGAGCCACAUCCUGAACACAUAUGAUGAAGCUCUUUCUAAAUAUGCCGAGGCCCGCUUCUCCCGUGACCUCGUUGAUGUGUUGACCAACUCCCGCGUGAAGGAGGUCCAAGAAGACAAGGUAUUGUUCUCACAGAUAGAAGAUGGCAAGACAGUCGUGAAGGAGAUCCCUAUGGGCUUCUGCUUGUGGUCAACCGGUGUUUCUCGAGCCGAGAUUUCAAAGAAGCUCUCGGACAAACUUGAGGGACAGAACAACAAGCAUGCCUUGGAAACUGACGCGCACCUUCGUCUUAUUGGAGCACCCUUGGGCGAUGUAUAUGCCAUUGGCGACUGUUCUACCGUCCAGAACAACGUGGCUGACAACAUUGUCUCUUUCGUGCGCACAAUUGCCUGGGAGAAGAACAAGGACCCUCGCAAGGUGCAUCUUAACUUCAGGGAGUGGAGUGAAGUUGCCAACCGGGUUAAGAAGCGUUUCCCUCAAGCCUCAAACCAUCUUCGCCGAUUGGACAAGCUCUUUGAGCAGUAUGACAAGGACCAAUCUGGUACCCUUGAAUUUGGCGAAUUGGCCGAGCUUCUUCACCAGAUCGAUACCAAACUUACGUCUUUGCCUGCCACGGCACAGCGUGCCAACCAGCAGGGUGAAUACCUAGGGAAAAAGCUAUCGAAGAUCGCCGCCGCUUUGCCCGGUCUGAGAGCCAAUGAGAUCGACCACGGUGAUCUUGAUGAAGCUGUUUACAAGGCUUUCAAGUACAAGCAUCUCGGUAGUCUAGCCUAUAUCAGUAACGCUGCUGUCUUCGACUUUGGCGGAUUGAACUUCAGUGGAGGUGUUUUGGCAAUGUAUCUCUGGCGAAGCGUUUACUUCGCGCAGAGUGUCAGCCUCCGGACCCGCUGCAUGCUUGCCAUGGAUUGGGCCAAGAGAGCACUCUUUGGAAGAGAUCUCAUGUGCUUUUAACCGCACCAACAAAACAUCUGGACUAUUCCCAGAUAUGACCAACCAAAGCUUUCCUUUCAAACCUCUUCUAAUGUCUUGCUUUCACGCAAGAAAUAGGCAAAUUUUGGAAAAUUCCCCCCUUUUCUGUUUCUUAUAUCCUCGGGAUAUCCUUAUAUACAUCCAGCGUCAUCUUGUUUGAAAGACUAACGUAUAUAAUCAUAUAUUAUAGAACAUCUUGGUGGAUGGAUGUUUUUUUGUCUACACCAUGUGUCCCAAAUUUCAGAAGAGUUUUGUAGUGUAUCGAAACUGUACCACUUGCUGCACUUUGUGCCUAGUCAGACGCGACUCACAAAAUACAAAGGUCUCCAUAUUUAGCGCGAAUAAUUACUGUGGGU